CAUGCCAUCACGUAGUGCAGAGUGGGUUGCCAUACCAAGGAGGACUCGAGCUUGUUCCCGCAGUCCGCACUCCGCAACCCUGCGUACUUGGUCAACCAUCCAUCUGGAGAAGCAUUCUAUCCCACACCUCUCUGCCUGUGUGAUGCCCGUCUCAUGUCUUGUACAAGUAGUAGCUGCCCAUACUCGAGCACUUAGGCACCCGACCACUUGACUGACUGAGGCUGUCAAAGAGCCCCUGCGUUGCCCAAAUCGACCGACUCCGACACCAACGCCUGUUUGUCGCGUCGCUGAUCCUUCCGUCUCUCUUUCUCUUUCUCUCUCUCCAUCUCCAAUUCUCUUACACACUCUCUUUCCUGCUCUCUACGACUUGCUCUGUUUGUACAUGUGUGUGUGUGUUUGCGCGCGCGCUGUCAUCCAUCGACAAAGUAGACAAAUUGGGUGGUGCGUCGCGUGUGGAGUAGUGUCCAACGUUGGUUCCCAAAUAAACCCCGACGACCCAUCGACCGGCAGGAAGGCAGGAACCCGCUUCGCACCUUCCACCCUUCCACCACUUGCACCUUCCGCCUCCGCCAGCCAGCCAGACAGCCUACCAGACAGCCUGCCCGCACCUACCUACCGACUACCCAUUGUGCUCACCCACUCCUCCCCUCUCUGCUAAGCACUCUACUACUUACCUACCUUACCCACCAACCUUGUUCCACCCGCACACUCACCUGUUCUUCUUGCCUCUUCUUCCAUCUACCACCAACCUCCGCCACCACACUACUACACAUCCAUACCCAUCUAUUCAUCUCUCCCCUCACCACCACAUACAUACAUACAUACAUACCCACCACGCCUUUGUCGCUUAUACUCCCCCCCGCGAUCCCAUCCGUCUUCCUUCCAAUUCCUCCCCAUCCAUCGCUGGCGGUGAUUGACUCUCUUGUCCCCUUCGUACCAAGCCCGCCCGCUCGCCCGCCCGCCUGCCUGCACUGCCUGCCCUUCUUCUGCUUCUAGCCCAACGUCGCUGUUUCAGAUCCCAUCUUGAUUGAGAUCAAUCGCUUCCCUUGCAGCCUCCUCCACCCGACUGCAUGCCUGUCCUCACCCACCUGCCUCCCAUCUGACGACGUUAUCGCAUCCGACCCUCCUUCUGGCCCUUUGUCCCCGAACCACCGUCGCAUUCGUCCCCCCCAAACACCUCGACGACCCUCACCAUCACUCCCCACACCACUGCCGCUCCACCCCGUGUCGCCGCCACCACCUAAACCAUUCGCGACCACGUCCCCCAUUUUGCGACGACUCGACUCUUCCUCCCCAUAGUGUGGGAGGCUCCACGAACCGCAGAGACCGGCCCGUCUGGUCGCUGCUGCUACGGUGGGGACAAUGGAACAUGGCGCGUGCAAUGUCAUAUACAUUGAUCGUCGCGCGAACGAUGAAUAUGUUCGCCGCGAGACCUUGUCCAGCUCUCUUGCUGCCACCACCACCACUGGCAACAUGAACCAGGGUUAUUUCAACCUGGGCAAGACGACUCCUCCCGCCGACAUUCACGCCAACAUUGAGACCAUCCUCUCCACCUUCAACCAAGUACACAUAUGUGGCUCCGGAGGCUCCUGUUUAGCCAGGAUCUCCCAAAUCCUCGAGUCGGCUAAAAGCAACGUGCCCACCAUCGUCCUCAUAGACAUACCGUACCAUGAAGAGCAGCGUCUCAAACGAUUGUCGCGCGAGCCUCGCACGCCUUCCCCAACCGCCACCCGGAUGAUGCGCCUCGACUCUGGCGAGCCCGACGACAUCUAUGGCAUGCAUCUCCUCACCCACAUUUCUUCCGAGAUCGCUUCGAGAAACUUUUCCAAGCUCGUCAUACCUGUCGUCAUCCUGAGUGGUUUGGAGCGCGAGUGGGCUUCCAACUCAGUACCCUCACCCGCUGUCCACGGUUCGCAAGUCCUGCCAGACACUCCCCGUCUGGUGCGCUAUCUCGAUGCCGGCGCAAUCGACGUUCUUUCCAGCCCUCUAUCAAAGGAUAGUGUACAUGGACUUGCCGUUCAUGCCUACCGAAUACACAAGGAGGUUUCGAGAGACGAAGCCAGUUUCUUGACGACUAAGCGCAACAGGAAGCUGUCUUGGGUCGGUGUUGACGACACAAAACCAUACGCCUACUUGCGCGAAGCCAUGGUUUCCAGCCUCAUGAGCGGCAUAUGCAACCCGGAAUUGGUUGGCGAUUCUUUUGAUUCCAAUGAUUUAUACGUUGCCGAAGAACGCAAAGAAGCCGUCGCACGUGCUGUCGGUACCUGGUCCUUCUCGGCACACGAAUUUACCGACGAUGAACUCGUCUAUGGCGCCCUCCUCAUGCUGAAACAUGCCCUCCAAAUACCUGAAUUAGAACAGUGGAGCAUGACUGAUGAUGAAAUGAUUGUCUUCCUGCUAGCGAGUCGCACCGCGUACAACGAAUUUGUGCUAUACCAUAAUUUCCGGCACGUUGUUGAUGUUCUCCAGGCUUUGUUUCACUUCCUUGUGCAGAUUGGCACGCUGCCUUCAUAUCCCGCUGGUGUCCAACGCAAUGAGGCGGUGCCAGAUUCACCGAUAGCGCGAUUGCUGAAACCACUGGACGGUUUGACUCUUCUAAUUUCGGCUGUCGGUCACGAUGUUGGUCACCCGGGAGUCAACAAUGCCUUCUUGGUAGCGCUCAAUGCGCCCCUCGCCCAACUUUACAACGAUCGAUCUGUGCUCGAAUCGUUCCAUUGCGCUGCAUACUCCCAGAUCUUGCGCCGUUACUGGCCCAAGGUUUUUGCCGAUGCUGGCAUGAGGAAGUUGAUGAUCAACAGUAUCCUAGCUACAGACAUGGGCUUGCAUUUUAAAUACAUGUCUGAUCUCGGCAAUUUGCAAGAGAAGAUUGCGCACGACAACGGGCUUACCGAUGGCUGGAGUGUGAAGGUCUGCGAGGAGAACAAGGAUCUCACGUGUGGUUUGCUCAUCAAAUGCGCCGAUAUCAGCAACGUGGCACGGAAAUUCGAGACUGCCGCACGCUGGGCAAAUAUCCUGACUGACGAGUUUAGCAACCAGGGUGUCAUGGAACAGGAAUUGCAAAUGCCGUCUUGCCUUUUCGGUGGACCGCCUGUCCAGGAUGACCUGAUAAAGCUUGGAGAAUCGCAGAUCGGAUUCAUGAACAUCUUCGCCCGACCUCUCUUCGAAGCCGUCGCUGAUAUCCUGCCAGCUAUGGGCUACGCAGUGAAUGAGAUCGUCACCAACAGCAGCGUGUGGGAAAAGAAGAUUGAAGGGGAGAAGGAAAAGAAGAGAAAGAACCCUAGAUUGUCGUUGGGUCUCCUGUCUGCAUCCUUCAGUGCGGAUCCGACGCCGAGUCCUUUUUCGGGAGGGCCAUUGAAGCAACCCGUCGAUGCGUCAGCAUUACCUCCUCAGGUGGGCCGCUCAAUACAGCCUUCCCACGUGGUCAGCAUGGAAAAUGCAGACCGACGCGGUUCUGGCAGUUCUUUUCAUGGCUUCUCGGGCUCGCGCCGAUCAUCCACUGGGGUUGAUAAAGGAUCCCGUCGUUCUUCUGGCGUCGGGCUACCUGGCGGACGUUCCCGUGAGAACCAGAAUCAAUCGCGACGGGAAAGUGGAGACGCCAGCCUGACUGCUAUUCUGGUGACGCAGACAACGAACGCUCCUGAUACGUCGACCACUGCCCAGAACUCAGAAGCACGCUCGAGCUCUCCGGAACACCAGAAAGAAUCUUCUAGUCGAUCAUCAUCAACUCCCAGGAAGGAUAACAAUGGUCUGCGUCCUGUGACAGCACCAUCUCAUGCAAGGCAACAUCAAGCUUCCUCCCUGUUUCCUGCACCUCGGGUUCCUUCUCAGCGUCAUUCCGAAAUAGAUCUUCAGCAAGCUGCCAACGGCAAUCUCGACGGGUCAAGAAUGCAACACUGGGAUUCAAACAACAAGAUGAGCGGCGACAGCACCAUGUCCAGGUCUGAUGGUACUCGAGACAUGACACGAAAACCCGACUGGUGGCGGCAAAUGAGCGCAAGGAGACGCACCAAAGACAUGAGAAACGGCGAUCGGGAGCACCACCCCCACCCUUCGCACAAAGAAGCAGCGUUGAACCCGACUCGAUCCAAUUCCAAUUCCGAAACAACCACUCCCAGCGCUACCACAAGCCCAGGUCGAAGCAGUCGGACAGACAAGCUGAAAAGCUUCUUCAAGAGAAAACCCCGGACCAGCAACGAUCAAGAGAAGCAGCUUUCCAGCUUCGGUAGUUCCUCUCAAAUGCGGACACCGCCGACAAGUGAUCCUGGGCGAUCGCUAAACAGUGAUGAAUGA